UGGACGGUGGCAGCGUGGAAGCCUCCCCUUCUCCCCCCAACAAUCCCUCCGAAGAAUUCCGCUCUGCCUUGACGAUGACCAAGGGGCUGUCCAUCUUCCUUGAUAUUUUGAGAAGAGCAGACAAAAAUGAUGAUGGCAAACUGUCCUUUGAUGAAUUCAAAGCUUACUUUGCUGAUGGGAUCCUGAGUAGAGAAGAGCUGCGUGAGCUUUUUCAUACUAUCGACACACACAAUACAGACAACAUUGACACAGAAGAGCUGUUUGAAUAUUUUUCCCAGCACCUGGGAGAAUAUGAAAAUGUACUGUCUGCUUUGGAAGACCUCAAUGUAUCUAUUCUGAAGGCAAUGGACAAAACAAAGAAAGAUUAUCAAGAGGCUUCUAAGCUGGAACAGUUUGUAACUCGCUUUUUGCUGAAAGAAACAUUGAAUCAGCUCCAGUCUCUUCACAACUCUCUGGAGUGUGCCAUGGAAACUACAGAGGAACAAACCCGACAAGAAAAACAAGUGCCAGCAAAGCCAGAGGUGCUCACAAUUCAGCAACCAGGAAGACGUUCAGGUCGAAGACUCCAGAGGAACAACAGUUUUUCUCCAGUCAGCCCACUUCUUAACUCAGGCUGGCUGGAAGAAGACAACCAGUGGAUGACCCAGAUAAACAGGCUUCAGAAGUUGAUUGACAGGCUGGAGCAGAAGGAUCUAAAGCUUGAGCCACUAGAAGAAGAGAUAUCAGAAGGAAACACAAAAUCUCACAUAAUGAUAGUUCAGCGUCAGAUGACAGUGAUAGCAGAAGAAGUAGAGCAGUUCCGCUUUGCUCUGAAGCAAUAUGUGGAUACUGCCUCAUCUCAAGAUGGAUGCCUGCAUGUUUCCAUUCAGAAGCUUGCAAAUGAAUCCCGCUUCAUCAUUUAUGAAUUCUGGGAGAACAAUGCUUGGAACAGCCACCUCCAGAUGAACUACAACAAGACAUUCCAAAGAAGUAAUGUGGACUGCUUGGAAAUGCCAGAACACAUUACAACUAUGCUAGUGCCUGCUUCCUGGUGGGUCCUGAACAACAACUAGAAGCUUCACUGCAGUUAGCAAAAAGAUGCUGUAAUAUUACACUAAAUUAGCAUCCUAUACAGUCAUCAUCAUGUCUCUACAGCUACCAGAUUAAGCAGAGAUACAAGCUUCCACUUACUUAUUGGGUACAGUUGUGAGUUGUCAACAUCUCCUCAUUGCUGCUACUUUAGGGAAUAUUAUGAUCUGGACUGAUCUUUGUUAAUUUUAUUCAUAUGAUUGUUAUUAAUUCUAAUUGUAUUGCAUUUUAGUGGGAUGUAUUUAAAUACUAUCAUAAAGUGAGUGGCUUGCUCUUCCAGAGAUUCCUGCUUACUGGAAGAGUUGCUUAACUCAUUAGGUUUUGAUUUAUUUAUUUUGAGAAUUCAGGUUUUGGAUAGAAGGCAGGAUAUAUAUGUUAAAAUAAAUGUUAUAAGAUUGUAUCAAAUGUUGCUGUCCUUGCUUAAUAAUCUGAUGUGUGAUGAAGUCACCCCUUCUGCCAAAAAUGUAUCACAUGUAAGAAACAGAAAUUAAAUCAGUAUUUCCCAUCUUGGUAUUCAUAAAUAACUUGCUCAUCUA